AUGGUAUUAAACGUCUUAGCCCGCGUACCAAAACGGUUAUACCCAAUCCUCUGUUGCGUCACCAAGAACUUGCGUAGUCUUGUUUGCUCGGCUGAGAUUCAAGAGACUCGAUCUUCCCUCGGAAAAGAUUCUCUUUAUAUCUGCGUCAUGGACGAAACUAUGGAUGAAGAAUAUAUGCGUACUCGGACUUAUCACUGGUUCAGUCUCCGCAGGGUUGUGGAGAGUACGACCGAGAAUGUCUUCGUCUCCGUCGAUUUCUCUUUCCUUCCCGAGCCUUGUCGUCGCUCUGCUUCCGUCGUCGCCUUUGGUCCUAAGAUUCUUCUCUUUCAAACUAAACUCCAUGACAAACCACCGCAAGAAACCAACCAACCGCCGUCAUCCUUUACGUCACUGCCACGCGACAUGGUAUUAAACGUCUUAGCCCGCGUACCAAAACGGUUAUACCCAAUCCUCUGUUGCGUCACCAAGAACUUGCGUAGUCUUGUUUGCUCGGCUGAGAUUCAAGAGACUCGAUCUUCCCUCGGAAAAGAUUCUCUUUAUAUCUGCGUCAUGGACGAAACUAUGGAUGAAGAAUAUAUGCGUACUCGGACUUAUCACUGGUUCAGUCUCCGCAGGGUUGUGGAGAGUACGACCGAGAAUGUCUUCGUCUCCGUCGAUUUCUCUUUCCUUCCCGAGCCUUGUCGUCGCUCUGCUUCCGUCGUCGCCUUUGGUCCUAAGAUGUUCUUCAUUCCCGGAACUAAUCAUCGCUCAUCAAGCUUUAGGAUCUUUGACACUCAAUCUGGAAAGGUUCGCCAAGGACCUAGUUUGCUAGUGAACCGAACGUUUAAUUGCGUAGCACUAGUCGGCGGUAAGAUCUAUGUGAUCGGAGGAUGCAGAGAAGACGAUAGUCCAGCGGAAAGCUUUGAUCUAAAGACGGAAGCUUGGGAAAGAGCUCCGAGUCCCGAUGAAGAAGAUAGUCGCGUAUGGAUUCAUGGGACAGGUGCUCCACUAGACAUAAAGGUUUGUGCUGUAAGCUUAUUUGGAGGCCUCACAUGUUACGAUACUAGAGAUGGUUCUUGCGAGACAUCUGAGUUGCCUUUUGGAAAAUGGUGGAACACAGGAGUGUGUGUUAUAAACAAUGUGCUCUACGUGUACUUCUUUCGUUUCGGUUUAAUGUGGUUUGACACUGAUCUGAGGCUAUGGAGAGUGGUUUUUGGUUUGGAUCUUGGCACACCUCAGGGCGUUGCAAUGGCUGAAUACUAUGGGAAGUUGGCGUUUCUAUGGGAGAAACCAAGUCUUGUUUGUCGUGGAAGCAAAGAGAUUUGGUGUAGAAUGAUUGGCUUGGCUAGGAGUCAAGAAGGAUUCAAUGGAGCUGCAGAACCCUCUCAACUUCUCAGGAUUGUUCCUCGCACCUUUAGUAUUCACCAUUGUCUGUCGGUUGGUUAA